AUGGAGAACGGUCUGACGUUUGAAUUGGCUGAUGGCUGUAAUGUAGAUGAUGAUAGUUUUGCGGAUAAAGUGCCGAACUUCUGCACGCCCUUUCACAUGGACAUGGACGACAUCGUGCUGCCCGGUCACUACUGCCUAAUGCUUUACAAAUUUGCCACAGCUAUGAUGACUGUUAGAUCCCCUGCACAAUGUCUAUCUGUUGCCCUCCGCUACAUACGCACCUCCCUCAAAUUGCCCGCAGUUGAAAUUGUUCUGCCUGACCCGGAGAGGGACGAGGCGAGCGAGUGUUACUCAACGGACAGGUUCGAGGCCCAGACUCCGCCAGAGUCCCGCGCACAGACUUCCAGUAUGCAGUCUAUCGGCUCGAAGAUCUGGAUCGCCCAUACGCUCAGCGAUAAGGGCGAGUCCAAGCGGAAACUUGUCCAGCUCACAUCGGGUGUAUUCAGCCUGGCGUUCAGGCGUCAGGUAAUGGUUUAUGUUGCGGACGUUGGAAAUGACGUUAGGGUUGAGAUGUUGUCUGAUCUUCACUUUGACUCUGCCUUUCCUGGUCGGUCGAUGUUGCUGGUACCGAUCAGGCCUAACUCGUACGUGCAAUCUGGGCUGUUGGUUCUGCACCUUUCACAGUCUACAUGGCAGGCUCAGCCCAUCGGAUUGGAGGGCGUAAUAUGCGGGGGUGCCGAGAGGGGCGAGGAAUAUGAGGAAUGUGGCGCUGCAACGUCCCGAAGCCUAUCAGUGCGUAGCCUAUCAGUGCUGGUAUUUCCCGACGCAAGUGGCAUAACCAGUCGCGAAGAGUGGUUUUUCAAGCUCUCUUGGGAGAUGUCUUGCACUCUGGGGAAGUCAUUGGACUAUUCUCACGAAUGGAGAGAUUUGCUUUCAUCGCGCGAGAGGGCGGAUGGGCUGCUGGCACUGAUGCAGUCUCUCUACGCCGAUAGGUUGGGCAUUCAGUCCAGCGUGGUGGCGCUUACUACCCACGCAAAAAAGUUGAUUCGUGCUGAAUCGUGUACUGUGUACAUCGUGGACAAGGCUCAUCACCAACUGUGGUCAAUUUCUUCUGAUGAUGGAUCGCAAGUUUUUAAGCCCCUGCAUUCUUGUUUACCCGGCAGAUGCGCACUAACGGGGCGGAUUAUUUCUUCUCACGAAAUUGACUGCGACAGAUCCUCCAAAGUGUCGGAGUCGGAUCGCCAAGAUGAGCACUACUACAGCGAGAACUCUGACUCAUCCGAGCAGGCAUUGGAGAGGGAGAGCGCGCACGUGACUGAAAGGUUAUGCGAGGAGGCGGGAUCAUUUUCACAGUCCGGUCCGAUAGAGGUGGUUUGCAUGCCAAUAAUGAGCAAAGAUUGCUCCAGGGUUUUGGCGGUGAUUGAGGCUGUGAACAAGAACGAUCCAGAUAUCGGGCUUGCCUCGUUCACUCCUGAGGAUAUUCACAUAUUGGAGGUUUUUGCAAGGAUUGUGGGACCUCAGUUGGAGCUGUCUGAUUUUGCCAGCGGUUGUUCCAAGGAGACGGAAGCUGGGUUGGCAUUUAAGUUGAACUCGAACUCUCAGCAAAAGCUGCCAAGGCGUGUUCCGCCUGAGCAAUGCAUUUUGGAGGAAGAGGAUGAGAAUUAG